GCCUGCGCGCGCAGGGAGCCAAUGAGAGGCGGGCGGGCGGAACGGCUCGUCAAUGAAGGCGGCGGAGCGGCGCGGGCAGCAGCACCCAGCCAUGGAGGGCGCCGGGCCGCGGCGCUUCACCUGGGCCGAGGUGGGGCUGCGCACGGGCCGCGGGCCGGAGUCGUCGCCGUCGCAGGAGCGGUGGCUGGUGAUCGACAGGAAGGUGUACGACAUCAGCCGCUUCUGCCGGCGGCACCCGGGCGGCGCCCGCGUCAUCAGCCACUACGCCGGGCAGGACGCCACGGAUCCUUUUAUAGCAUUUCAUCUUGACAAGGCACUGGUCAGGAAGUAUAUGAGCCCACUACUGAUUGGGGAACUAGCACCAGAUCAACCCAGCUUUGAGCCCAGCAAGAACAAAAGGCUGGUAGAAGACUUCCGUGAACUCCGUGCAACUGUUGAGAAGAUGGGCCUUCUCAACCCCAACUGCGCCUUUUUCAUCCUGUAUCUCUGUCACAUCCUGCUGCUGGAUGUUGCAGCCUGGCUCAACAUCUGGUAUUUUGGAUCAUCCGUAGUGCCUUUUCUCUUCUCUGCGGUGCUCCUAGGCAUCGUCCAGGCCCAGGCUGGCUGGCUCCAGCAUGAUUUUGGACACCUUUCGGUCUUUAGCAAGUCCAAAUGGAACCACUGGGUUCACAAGUUCGUGAUUGGCCAUCUCAAGGGAGCACCAGCCAGCUGGUGGAACCACCUCCACUUCCAGCACCACGCUAAGCCCAACUGCUUCCGGAAGGACCCUGACGUUAACAUGCACCCCUUAUUUUUUGCCUUGGGAAAGACGCUUUCUGUAGAGCUUGGUGUAAAAAAGAAGAAAUUCAUGCCUUACAACCACCAGCACAAGUACUUCUUCAUCAUCGGUCCCCCAGCUCUGGUGCCUCUUUACUUCCAGUGGUACAUAUUCUACUUUGUGGUACAGCGGAAACAGUGGGUGGACCUGGCCUGGAUGCUGACCUUCUACAUCCGAUUCUUUCUCACCUACUUGCCCUUACUGGAGGUGAAAGGUAUCCUGGGCCUUUUUCUGUUAGUCAGGUUCAUAGAGAGUAACUGGUUUGUCUGGGUUACACAAAUGAAUCACAUCCCGAUGCACAUCGAUUAUGAUAAGAAUGUGGACUGGUUCUCCACCCAGCUCCAGGCAACCUGUAAUGUUCAUCACUCCUUAUUCAAUGAUUGGUUUAGUGGACACCUGAACUUCCAGAUCGAACACCACCUUUUCCCCACAAUGCCUCGACACAACUACUGGAAGGUGGCCCCCCUGGUGAAGUCCCUGUGUGCCAAACAUGGCAUUGAGUACCAGUGCAAACCGUUGCUCACCGCCUUUGCAGACAUUGUGCACUCUCUGAAAGAUUCGGGGGAACUCUGGCUUGAUGCUUACCUACAUAAAUAAAAAGCAGUGGAUCCUUACAGAGGAAUUCCCCACCCUUGUUGCCUCCUGUGGUCAUCACCGUGAAGAUACCUCACAGAGGAGAGAGAGGUGGCUAAGCCAGAGGUGGGGAGAGGCCGCAGCUUAAUUCCAGUGACGAAUGUAAUUAAUUUGACUUUUUUUUUUUUUUUAAGAUGUGUUCUUAACUCUUCUCAUGUUUCUUUCAUUCAUCUUCUCUGGUGCUGAUUUACAUGGAUAAGUAGAAUGGAGGAGGCUCCACCAAGCUGGAAUUGGCUUUGAGACAGGGAACAGAUACCUUUCUGUCUGCUGAUAUUUCAUUUACUGAGUGUAUAGGAGGAAAAUCUCUAUCUAAGAGUUUUUUGUGAGAUGACUGUCAUUAUGAAUGAGCUAAGAAAGCUGAGAGAGUGUGAAAUCGGAGAAUACAGGACUUUUUGAGAUGGGGAGGCAAUAAGAAGAAAUUGUGUUGGUGCUACAUUUUCAAAUAUCUAUACGCAAUUAACAAUGGCAAUAGAAGUGCCCAAAGCAAGAGGGAGAGGGGGAACAUGAGAGUCCAAAUUAUGUAUGUGGGUGACGGGGAGGAGAUGCAGGCAAUAGUUCUGUAGAAAUAAGUGUGAGAAGAGACCAAACUGGAAGAGACCCUAGCUGAGGUAGGGAACCAGCAAAAUGCAGGUUACUCCCUUCCCCGGGCAAGUGGAUGUGACAGCUUGGCAUGCCAUGCUCUUUGGGAAUGCCAAUACCCUGCGCAUCUCUUUUACGGUGAAGGCCUCUGGGCUACUUGCAGAUUUAUAAUUUCCCUUGGAGUCUCUGCAAGCAGUUUUCACAGUGCCAUACUUCUGAGUGCUGUUGAACCAAUUACUGAUAGUCAGAAGAGACAGAAACAUGGAAAGUCCGUACCCUGGAUCCCUGUAUGGGUUACUGAGGAAACGAAAGGGUAAUUAAUCUGUGGAUACCUGAAGCUUAAUUCUAUUUGAACCUCUGUACUAAUGAAUGGUUUGUUAAGUGGAGAGGACUGGGGACUUUUGGCCCAUGGAGUAUGAGGUGUUCCUAUCUGAGCUGAGGACAAAUUUAACUCAGUUGUAGAAGUGUUAGGGUUUAGGCAACUGUUUAAAUAAAUUUAACCUUUCAACCAGCAGAACUCAGUGGGCUGCGUUCCCAUAGGCACACAUCGGCCUGUACAUUGCUGGUCUUUCUCUGUUGGAUGAUGUGCCUUCAAAACAUGCCCCAAGAGGGCAUGUACUGCGUCAUCUAUUGGAGUAUUACCCUUACUGCAUUUCCUGAUGUCUUGUCGUUUGCUACAUCGAUGUUACAGAUGCCAAACUGGACAUAGCACUUGGCAAAACACUGAUGAAGACGGCUCCAUCAUCUUGUUGUCUUUAAGCCUUUAGCUUUUUUAACUGUGUUGUGGGACCAUUCUCACUUUCUACUGUCUCAUGUAGAUGAACAAGGUGGUGUUGCACCUGUUUUGUGCUCUUUUCUUUACCCUGUCACUAACUGUGUUCAGUUGGUUUGCCUAACACAAUGUACCUGAUUCCAAGACUGAAGUAACGGGUGGCUUAGUCUUCAGAAGCGAUGGGUUGCUUUUCAGGAGGAUACGGUGCUCUCCCUCUCUGGUCAAUGUCCACAAGGAGACUGGCUUGGGAGGGAACGGAAUACUUCUUCCCAGGCCAAGACUGUUGUUAAUUGCAGAAUGUAAUUUUAAUGGAAAUAAUAAAAUUAUCAUUAAAUCAUG